GUUUGCUGGCAUGUUUUUGGUCUCCUUUAUCGGUCAGACAGAGAAUACAGGGAGGCAAUCAAGUGCUACCGAAAUGCCCUGAGAAUAGAUCCUGAUAAUAUUGAAAUUCUGCGUGAUUUGUCACUCUUACAGAAAUCAUACUGCUCAGAGUUUGUUUAAUUUGUGGAUACAUCUUGGCUUAUUUCUAAAGUAUGUUGGGUUUUUAGCAAGAAGUCCUACAAAAAGUGACAGAGAUGGGUUAGAUGGAGAAGUUUCUAUGGACACAUGGCUUAAAUUUUUGAACAAAUAAAUCUGAUUUACAACGUGAGCUACUGAUAGGUAGAUGAACAAGAAAAUGUAAAAUAAUAAUGAAGUUUGCAAGGCUAGGAUCUGGAGAGAUCACAGCUCACAUAAAUGUUUCUCAUUUGGUCAUUUUGAAUCUUGAUUGUAUGGUAGAACUGAAGAUGCAGAGAUAAUUGUGGGUGAGUGAGUUCAUAAACCUUUUAUAUUGAAGAGUGAGCUCCACUGAAAACAAUUAGUGCCAAGGAAGCCCACUGGAGAAUAUUGCUCAAAUGAGAGAUUUAUCUGGCUUUGUUGAGACUAGACAACAACUUUUGACUCUUAAGCCAAAUCAUCGCAUGAACUGGAUUGCCUUUUCUGUUGCCCAUCAUUUAAACUCUAAUGCGUCCAAGGCUGUGGAAAUUUUGGAAGCAUAUGAAGGGACUUUAGAAAAUGAUUAUCCUCCAGAUAAUGAACGGGGCGAGCAUGCGGAAAUGAUUUUGUAUAAGAUCUCUUUGUUAGAGGAAUGCGGAUUUCUUGAUAAAGCUCUUGAAGAGUUACGCCAAAACGAAUCGAAAAUUGUUGAUAAACUUGCUUUUAAAGAACAAGAGGUUUCACUUGUAGUGAAGCUUGGUCAUUUAGAAGAAGCAGAAUCGUUGUACAGGAUAUUACUUUCCAUGAAUCCUGAUGAUUAUAGUUACUAUGAGGGUCUUCAAAAGUGUGUUGGUUUGUAUUUAGAAGAUGGGAAGUACUCUGCCGAUCAAAUAGAUCAGUUAGUUUCAUUGUAUGAAACACUUGGGCAACAAUAUAAGUGGUCUUCUGCAGUAAAGAGAAUACCCCUGGAUUUCUUACAAGGUGACAAGUUUCGAGAAGCUGCAGAAAAUUAUAUUAGGCCUCUCUUAACUAAGGGAGUUCCAUCUCUGUUUUCUGAUCUUUCUUCUUUGUACAAUCAUCCUGGGAAGGCAGACAUUUUGGAACAACUUAUUCUUGAGUUAGAGCAUUCAAUUAGGACAUCAAGCCAAUAUCCUGGGUGUACGGAGAAAGAACCCCCUUCAACUCUUUUGUGGACUUUGUUUUUCUUGGCUCAGCAUUAUGAGAGGCGCAGCCAAUAUGCGAUUUCUCUUUCUAAAAUCGACGAGGCUAUAAAACAUACACCUACUGUCAUCGAUCUAUAUUCUGUCAAGAGUCGGAUACUGAAGCAUGCUGGUGAUUUGAAUGCUGCUGCUGCAUUUGCAGAUGAAGCAAGGCGUAUGGAUCUUGCUGACCGUUAUGUUAAUAGUGAAUGUGUUAAGCGGAUGCUGCAGGCUGAUCAGGUGGCUUUGGCAGAAAAAGUUGCUGUGUUGUUCACAAAAGAUGGGGAUCAGCAUAACAACCUUCAUGAUAUGCAAUGCAUGUGGUAUGAGCUUGCCUCAGGUGAAAGCUUUUUCCGCCAGGACAAUCUUGGGCGGGCUCUCAAAAAUUUUUUAGCAGUGGAGAAGCAUUAUGCCGAUAUUACUGAGGACCAAUUUGAUUUUCAUACAUACUGCUUAAGGAAAAUGACAUUGCGCACUUAUGUUAAAAUGCUUAAAUUUCAAGAUCAAUUGCACUCACAUGCAUAUUUUCACAACGCAGCAGCUGGAGCUAUCAAAUCUUAUAUAAAGUUGCAUGAUUUUCCCCCAAAGUCUACAACAGAGGAAGAUGAGCAUAUGUCAAACUUGCUUCCUUCUCAAAAAAAGAAAUUGCGACAAAAGCAAAGAAAGGCAGAAGCAAGAGCUAAGAAAGAGGCAGAAGAAAAGAAUGAAGAAUUAAAUCCUAGCACGGUAUCAAAGUCUGGGAAGCGGAAUGUAAAACCUGUUGAUCCUGAUCCACAUGGGGAGAAGUUAUCUCAGGUUGAAGAUCCACUGUCCGAAGCUGUUAAAUACUUGAAGUUGCUGCAGAAGAAUUCACCUGAUUCAUUGGAAACACAUUUGCUCUCUUUUGAAUUAUAUACAAGAAAACGGAAGAUUUUGCUUGCCUUUCAGGCUGUAAAGCAGUUACUGAGAUUGGAUGCUGAUCACCCUGAUUCUCAUCGUUGCUUGAUUAAAUUUUUCCAUCAAUUCGGAUCCAUGGGUUCUCCUAUGACUGAAAGCGAGAAACUGAUAUGGAGUGUCUUAGAAGCUGAGCGCCCAACUAUUAGUCAGCUGCAUGAGAAAUCUCUUUUUGAUGCAAACAAUGCUUUCCUUGACAAUCAUAAAGAUUCUUUGAUGCAUAUAGCAGCUUUUGCAGAAACCUUGUAUAUUUUGGAUUCUAACAGAAAGUCUGAGGCUGUCAAGUUGAUUGAAGAGUCAGCAAAUAAUAUUGUACCCAGAAAUGAAGCAAUAGGACCAAUUGGAAAGUGGAAACUUAAAGACUGUAUUGCAGUUCACAAGCUUCUUGGAACAUUACUUGUUGACCAAGAUGCGGCAUUGAGGUGGAAAGUGUGGUGUGCAGAGUAUUUCCCUUAUUCAACUUACUUUGAGGGAGAACACAGCUCUGCCUCUCCCAACUCGGCCUUUAAUCAGUUACGCAAGAACUCUGAAAAUGUUAGUCCUAACAAUGCAGUUGAUAAUCAAAAUGUGGGCUCUGCCACAUCGAAUGGCAAAGCAUUUGAAAAUCUCACUAUCUGAUAAAUACAUUAAUGAGGCUAGCCGAUAUCUGCAAGUGACUUGGUAAACCAACUGCCUGCAUUUUACACUCCCAUAAACGACAAUGAUGCAGUUUGCAGCAUGUAUCACAAUUUUGGUUCCUGUUAUGGCAAAUUCUACACACUACCUUCUCCCAUCUUUGAAAUCUAUUCCAUUUGCAAAUGUGUAUAAUUUUACUUAAAAUGAUGUUCUAUGAUUGACUUUCUUUUAUUUGCUCUCCCUUUAUUCAUGGGAGGUGAAAGAGGGUCUCCAUGGAUUUGCACCACUGUCCGAGGUUAUAAUUUUUGUCAGGUGGAAGAGGGGGGUCUCAAUGGAUUUACAGAAUUUUUAGGCUUCUGGUUCAUUGUCCGAGGUUAUAAUUUUUGUCAGGUGGAAGAGAUGGAUUUACAGAAUUUUUAGGCUUCUGGUUCUGCACCCAACCAACACAUUAGGGAGAGCUUGUUGUCCCUUUCCUCGUUGAUUAGCUUAUGAGAGGUUGUUGUACCUUUCCUCUUUGAUUAGCUAGGCUUCUGGUUCUACAUCCAACCAACACAAUAUCAUGUAUAAACAUUAAAUGAAGUUAAAAUUUUGCUGCAAGAUGCUGGAAUGUCAGCCUUACUUUUGGAUGGAUUUAGUCACAAAAAGGGUUUAGUUUAGUAAUGUUGUAUUCUAGACAGUGUUCUAACUUCAGCACAGAACUGAAUGAAAUGAUUUUGUUCUGUUUUGAUGAAUGAGGUAUAUUGUAUCAUUAAUUUCAA